UUCAAUCACGACCAGGGGGCUCUGUCGCGUUCGGUAUAGUCGAACAGAUCGUGCCAUGACACGCUUCUGGGUGGGUAAGACUUCAUCUUCGGGAAGCAAUAUCCUCCACUUGAGGCUCUGCUGAGCCAAUUAUUACACCUGGUGUCUCGUUUCUCGUACCAAUAUUAGUCACUAUCUUUUGCUUGCGCUUCCUUGUACACCAUGUUAGUGUGCGAUUCUAUGCUAAAUUCAAUAUGAAGACUGGUAUGCAAAAUACGAAUGAUCGGUGUGUAUUCAGUAAGAGAGUAAUCGUUUAUCCGGUGUGAAAUGGCGUAUUGAAAUUUGUCUGAUGCGUAAAGAAGUGUGCAUCUCAAUCUGCACGCGGGGUAGGUAACUUGCCCAUGUGACCAGCUCCAUCAUCUUGAGCGCGAAAAAAAAAAUACGAUGAACCGUUCAUUGGAAUCAGCCUCGAUCAUUGUGCAAAUUUCUUGUUUGAGCCUUACCAGUCUGCCCAACUUCCACACACCCCAUGUUUGUCUAUCGACUCUAUCAACUGCUCAUCAGUCAGGUUGGGCUAAAGGGAUCAGCAACUGACAAAGACUGGGAUUAUCCGCGAGAGAUACAAGACAAUAUACGGCACCUCAUAAUUGAAAACAGCUUUGGGAAGAAAUUCCUGCCGGAAAGCUCAUUGCCAAAGAUAGUCCAUCAGAUAGACUUUGGCCGUCUACUACCCGCAGCGUCUGAAGACCUCAUUGACUUCAUUAAGACCAGAGCACCCAAAGUAUUCUUGACGGCAUUACUGUCCAUUGAUAUCACCGGACCUAGACUUGUGGAGGUGGCCAAAAGCUUUCAAGCGAAUAACUUGACGGAUAAGCAUCUCCCUAUCAAGGACAUCACCGAAUCUAGCAGGUGCUUGCACCCAGAUAGCUAUUUGCGAUGCAGGUGCAGUAAGUGUGAUUAUGCACGUGAGAAAGGGUCGACGGAGUGUCCUCAUCACACAGCCUUGGAUUCAUUCCAUAUGAAAGAGUGGAGCAAACUUAAUUUUGAUAGCUUUCGCCGUAACCAGUGGCUUUUCUGUGCGCCUGUGUUUAAGAAACACAACCUUCAGCAGUUCAAAAAGGGGCUUCCAAAGGAGACAGCUCUGCCGUUCAUAUUCAGAGAUCCCAACCCGCGUAAUGGCCACUUCAGCACUGUAUUUCACACAAUUGUCCAUCCCGCACAUCAAGAUGGGCAUGAUCUGAACGCAGCCGAUGGCUUGCAUGUUGCAGUCAAGGAACUUAGGCACGCUCUGGGAGAAGAAACAGAUUACGAUGUAGAGACAGCAUGGAAGCUUGAAGUAACUGCCUUGAAAGAAAUUGGCGAGCUAAAGGAUAACCAUUUGAUCAACCCCAUUGCGGCAUUCAAAUGGGGUCAAACGCACUACAUUAUGUUCGAAUGGGCAAAUGGCGGUACACUUCGACACUUCUGGGAUCAGACAAGCGACGUGCACCUUCAUCUUGAUAGGCCAAAAGUUGGAGAAUUUCUAGAGCAGCUCUAUGGCCUGGCCGGAGCUCUCCAAAAAUUACAUGGUACCAAUUCGCAAACAAGCACCGGCCUUGCAGAUGCCGACAGGAAGAAUGCAUCCUCGUCCAACAGCGGCCAUCGACUGUCAAACUCGAGAUCUAAUGCAAGCGAAGCUGUCGCCUCCCGGGCUAUCCAACUAGGGAAAGGUUCUGGGAGUGGUGUACUUCCAGGCACAGCUCAUAUGCCCAUGAUCAUGCUUCAAGAUAGUAAUAGAGACAGUGAUGUCAAGCACUGGCGUCACGGGGACAUUAAGCCUGAGAACAUUCUUGUCUUUAAAGACUCAACCUGGAUCGGAACCUUAAAGAUAGCAGAUCUUGGAUUAGCGAAACAGCAUCAAUUUGCUACGGAGUUCCGGCAUCAAGUCACAUCCACGAAGCAUACUACGUUCCAUUACGAGGCACCAGAGGCUAUUACCAAUAUGAAAGAGCCAAGGUCCCGUCGCUACGAUGUGUGGUCAAUGGGAUGUAUUAUUCUUGAGUCAAUAAUAUGGUUGUUAUACGGCUCAAGAGGCCUCAACGAAUUUUAUCGGGAAGUUAGUCGCCUCACAGAUCAUUCUCGACAGACUCUCUACUUCACCGCUAGGAGUCAGCCGACGGACUAUGGCUCCGAACUUGUUGCUACUGUAAGCGACAUUGCAACACACUGGAUUAGGGAAAUGCUAGAGAAUGACCCCGAAUGCCAGCAAUACACUGCGUUUCGUGAGUUACUUGUGUUGGUCAGAGACAGACUCCUCGUUGUCCCAAUCCCUAGCAAAUCGAAGCCUAUAGAAGCAGUAUAUCGCGCCACUUCUGCUGAGCUCUAUAGGGAAGUAGGGAUUAUUUGGACAGCCGCGAAACGAGACGAAGAUUAUUUAUAUACGGGCGUAAACCGGCGAAACGUGAAAGUCCCACCCCCCCUACAUGCCCGCAGUGAAACUGUCCCUCAGCACAUAACUGUACAACCUCAAAGUCGUCUAGCGGUUGAGGUUCCUUUGACUAACGGAUCUUCUCAACGAGCACUUAAUCUUGACACUACUUGGCAGUUCUUUACAGACGCGGUGAUAGCUUCACGGAUAAUAGCGAGCAAAGAGUUCAGCACCUGUAGUGCCUUCCCCGAAAACGCAAGCUCGAUAUGCGAGCGAUGUCUGACAUUGAACUUUGAAAGUCCGGGGCUGAUUGCACGAGAAGAAGUGUCUUUACUAAAACCAAGAGCGAGUUCGUGUGCAUUAUGCACAUUAUUGCUCAGAGUUUUCUAUGGCAGCAGAACAACAGUUACAGAGAUAUGGAGAGUCGAAUGUGGCUUGAGCAAAUAUAAAGGAGGGCCGCCAGACCUAUCUAUCUACAGAAAACCAGUCAUCGAUGGCAGUUCUGAUACUCGUGAGCAUAACAUUCCGAUGGGACUACCGAGUCUCACAAAUACUUCAAGUCCAGUAUUUUUCGAGAUUCUGCGCCAAUGGCUGAAGGAUUGCGAUGAUAACCAUCCAGGUUGUCAUAUAGGAUGGGAUGAGUCAACGACAUUCAGGCUACCAACCAGACUGAUUGAUGUUGGAGGUAAAGACUCGCCAAACAUCUGUCUUGUCGAAACUCAGCACAGUCAAAGAAACCAAGUCCAGCAAUUCAGAUACAUUGCAUUAUCCCACCCAUGGGGAGAUAAAGCAAAGCAUAGGCAUUACUUCACCACCAGGCAGAACAUCAACAAUCACAAGGUUGGAAUUGAUAUGGAUGUACUUCCAAACACCUUGAAACACGCUAUUCAGGUUACACGGGAACUUGGUGUGCGGUACCUCUGGAUUGACUCGCUUUGUAUUGUACAGGGCGAAGAUGGCGAUUUCAACGAAGAAGCAGUGCACAUGGAGACAGUGUUCUCAACAGCAUACUGUGUGAUUGCUGCAACUCGCGCAGAGGGCUCAUCAAGUGGGUUUCUUGGCCCCAGACCAGCCAGGAAAUUUGUGAAGAUAGAAAGACCAGGACAAAAUUCCAUUUACGUCUGCGAGUCAAUUGACAAUUUCCAACGAGACGUUAUCGAUGGACCACUCAAUCAAAGGGGCUGGGUUCUCCAAGAAAGAGCACUAGCGCGACGAACAAUCUAUUUCGGGGAGAAGCAGAAUUACUGGGAAUGUGGUGAGGGUGUGCGAUGUGAGACGCUCACAAAAAUGACAAAUAAUCAAGCCGCUCUACUAGGUGAUCCGAAGUUCCCAAAGGUGGCCACCGAUUCAACAAAAGGAGGUCGAAUUCGCCUUUACGAACUCCUAUACAAACAGUAUUCGAGAUUACAAUUUACCAGAAUCUACGACAGACCGUUGGCAAUUUCUGGACUGGAACAACGGCUGAUCCGCGCAUUCGAUACUCAAGGCGGAUAUGGGGUGUUCACGAGGUAUUUUGGCCGGGGUCUUCUCUGGCAACGAGAUCCCACCUUGGCACCACAGCUCAUGAAACCGAUUCAAUUCCCCAAGUCGCAAAGGUACCAGGUACCGUCCUGGUCAUGGAUGGCGUACGAGGGUGCUAUUAGUUUCAUGGAUCUACCAUUUCGCGAGAUAGACUGGGAAGAGAAGGAAAUCCGCUCACCAUGGAGCCCUCAAAGCCCGGUUUUGACCUCGUCGUCACCCCCAAAUCAUAGCUCUAAUACAGCUUGGUAUACCACGAAUAGAAACGAGAGGAUCGAUCUUAAAGUGAUAGCUAGGGAUUUCUUAGCGUCCGCGGAUACUCACAUCAUAUAUGAUAGGGGAGAGAGGCCAGAUAACCGGGCAGUCAGGUGUGUGGUUGUGGGGAGAAGAAAAAAGAAAGCUGGAAUUCGCGAUGUCCAUAUACAUUACGUCCUAGUUGUAGCCCAGAAAGUCGGCCCAGGGUAUGAUGCGGUUUAUGAAAGAAUAGGGGUUGGGGCCAUACCCGGUACCUCAAUUGCCCUGGAAGGAGGUGGUUUUCCAGCUCAGGUUUACUAACAAUACUGCGGUCUGUGAUAUCAUGAUCAAUCAAGAACAUUAUUUUCCCAGCAUGUCAACAGGGAGGCCUCCAUCUAGCGACAGUGCACAUCAUGCUUAUCUAUGUUCCUAACUCAACAAUAGGGUUUUACGCUCCUCUAACCGCACCGCCAAAGCACCCCUCAUACUUCGGUCUGCGAGAUAUUCAAGCUGUGACC